ACAGGAAAAACUAAACUAUCUACCAUCGAGUGAAAAACAAACAUCAUUUUAUCUUCAACCCUCGAAUACAAUCGAAUAUUUUGACAUUUAUACACAUGAACUGAUCAAAUUGUUACAAGAAAAGCUGGAUCAAGCUCUCAAUUUCGUUUCAUUAUCAACGUUCAGUUUUCUUUCAUUAUUCAUUCAACAAUCCUUAUCGAUUGUUCUCCAAUGUCUGCUACACAAGAAUUCCAACAUACGACUGUCAACUGCUCGUCUACUCGGUCGUUCAUUGAAUAUUCAAUCGAAUGAUCUGACAAAACUCCUGACAUCUUUACAAGAUCAAUACGAGCAAAAUAUUGAUACAACAACAAUAACAUCAUUGAAUUUCAACAAUGAUCAACAGCCGAUGUUAGCACAAGUACAAUCAACGCUCAUGUACCUCUUAGAACGAGAACAAAAACGUUCAAAAUCUCAAAUACCUUUUCGCCUGAUAAAACGAGCGGACUUUCAAACAUUAGCCAAACACCUUGAAACAUCGAGUCUUAUCGACGAUAGUUCUACACAUGAAACGACUAGUUUAGAUGCCAUCAAACAUUUGAUCACCGACUGUCCAGAAGAAUUUCAUCAUCUGAUACCCAAUCGUCGAACAUUACCAUCGUUAGUACAAACAAAAACAAUGCUCAAUAAUCGUAAACGAAUUAUUGAAUGUGUACGAACACCCAUUCAUUUAUUGCUACAAGGUGAAACCGGUGUCGGUAAGAGUAGUCUUAUUCUUGAUGUUGCUGCCGAUCUUCAAAAGCCAUUGAUUCGUUUUAAUCUAUCGUCGAAAACUGACAUCGGCGGUCUAUUCGGAUCGGUAAAAUUGAAAACGGUUAAGACUGCCAAUGAGCAUCAGCAAGAAAUCGAAUUAGAUUACGAAGAAGGACCGUUCACAACUGCCUAUCGGCAUGGUCAUUGGUUAUUGUUAGACGAAAUGAAUUUGGCACCGCCGAAUGUUCUUCAAGCUAUCGAACAAGCGUUAGAAUCUGGCGUUUUGAUACUACCAAAUAUCGAAGAUGAUAAUGAUAAUAAUACCGAUGAACAACACAGUCAAACGAAACAAAACUAUCGUUGCUAUCACAUGCAUCCAGAAUUUCGUCUCUUUGCCACACAAAAUCCAUCGACAGGUCAAUACAAAGGAGCACGUGAUGCACAAUCAACAGCUCUACUCAGUCGUUUCAGUAUUUUCAUUGUCGAAGGGCCGCAAACUGAUGAACUAGCCGAUAUUGUGGCAAACAAAUUGAAAAAUGAAAAUUUCCCCUUUGAUACGCAAGCCAAACAAAUGGUAAAUCUACAUUUAAACAUUAUGAAACUCAUUAAAGAAAAUGAAUUCAAAGAGCGAAGUAAAAAUUAUUCCGAAAUAACAAUUCGAGAACUUUUUCGAUGGUGUCAAAGUUUGUGCGAUUAUGAAACGAUGCUCAUCAAAGUUUCACAAUCGGUCAAAAAUCUUGAUUCGAACACAUUUAAUCAAAUCAUUAGUGAACAAGCUCAUGCCAUCUAUGGUUUAAGAUUUCGUGAACGACAAAGUCAAAAUGAAAUUGCUUCGGCAAUCGAAAAAUUAUUUCAGCUCAGUCCUUUAUCAACAUCAAAAUUAUGCAUCGAAUUCCGAGCAAAUAAUGCCAUCGUGUUUCUUGCACAAAAACGUCUCUUGUUGCACAUGCCAACAAUUGGUCUCGAUCGCGUACGUAACGAUUGGCCAUCGCAUCUAUCGAAACCGCACAAUACUCAAGAAGUUGAAAAAAUGAUCAAGAUACACAAUUUGAUUUUCAAAUACCUCCAUAGCGGACAGAUAACGCAUAUUUACGAUUGUUCGUAUGCGCUAUUCUGGUCAAUAUUAGAGAGACGAUAUGGACAUGACACGAUUUCAUUACCUGAACUACUUGUCGAAAUCUACUCGAGCCUAUGUCGAGAUGAAAAUCAACGACAGGCGAUCACCAAACAUAUUGCAACAGAAUGUCGAGAGCCUGAAUCGACUCUUUCAAAAUCGGUUUCAUCACUCUCAUCAGCUCGUCCAUCGUUCUAUCUCGACGAUGAAGCCAACCGUAUCGCACAAUUCAUCUUGUCAUCAUCACCCACACAGCCGAUUCUGAUUGUCGGUGCCGAAGGUUGUGGCAAAAGUCAUCUCGUACAAGCCAUUGCUACAUUGACCAAUGUUCGUUGUCAACACUUGUAUUUGACACCACAAACGGAACCAGCAGCUCUUGUCGGUUCUCUCGUUCCACAUCCGAAACUUCCUCAAUGGCACGAUGGAGCCGUAAGCGAAGCUAUUACAAAAGGUCAUUGGCUCAUACUCGAAAACUUUUCCGAAGCAUCGUCUGCCGUUCUCGAACGAUUAAAUCCUGUUCUCGAACAACCAGCUCAAUGGGUCAAAGUGGAAAAUAAUGAGACAGAACCGGUUCGUGUUUCCCCUAAUUUUCGUAUCAUUGCUACAAUGUCUCCACCAACUGGACGAUUACAAAAUGCCUCAAUCGAAACAAAUCAUGAGCUCACACCGGCAUUGUACAAUCGGUUUUUGAUUAUUCAUUAUCAAGGUUUAAAUUUGUCCUCGUUGGAUGUCUACAAAAAUGUUUUCAAAUCGUAUUUUACAACAAACGAAAAUCAACUAAUCAAUUAUUUUUGCGAACAAAUACAAUCUGAACAAUUAACAACGAGACAAUUGGUUCAAUUCAUUGACUGUGCAUUCAAAUUACAACAUUCAACAUUGACAACAAAAUUAAACUUAGAUUUACCAUCCGCUUUACUCUCGGCUUGUGAACUUGUAUUCAAUAUUGAUUCAACGACAACAACAAAAAUUCAAAAUAUAAAACGACAUUUGGAAACACAAACACGACAUGGAUCAGUCAAUUUCUUUGAUCUGUCGGCACCCAUCGAAGAACGAGAAAAACAUCGUGAACACAUCAUCGAUCCCAUCUCGACCCCGACAAGAUACGAUGCAGCUAAACGUCUCUGUGCAUCGAUUAUCUGUUCAAGGCCCGUUCUUCUCGAGGAUCCCGCAGCAACGGGUAAGACUAGCUUGAUCGAAUAUAUUGCACAAUGCAAUGGUAAAACUCUAUACCGAGUCAAUAAUACCAAAGGUACAACUGUUCAAGAUUACUUUGGUUCCUAUAUGCCGAAUGGCGAAUUUCUCUAUGGAGCAUUGUCACGUGCAAUGAGAGACGGACAUUGGUUUGUUGCUGAUGAAUUCGAUUUGGCCGAACCGGCCGUUAUGAAUGUUCUCUAUCCACUUUUGGAAGGUCAACAGCAUCUAACCGUUCCGAAUACCGGUCAAACCUUGGCUGCACGCGAUGGAUUCCGCUUUUUCGCGACACAGAACGGCACGGGCUAUGUUGGACGAAAACAAUUGCCCAAAACAUUACGUUCAAGAUUUUUAGAAAUUAAAUUUCAUUCGUUCUCCGAAAAAGAACUUGAAUUUAUUAUUGUUCAACGAAAGUCGACAUCAACUGUUUCGGUAUCAUCGCAAUCGUUUAACGAUGAUUUGAAACAUGUAGCAUCACGAAUAGCAUCGACAGUCACGAUUCUAAAUCGAUAUAUCGAUGAAAAACAACGGCCACUAUUCGGCGCACCGAAACUCGGCUUGACCAUGCGUGAAGUUAUCAAAUGGAUCAAUCGAAAACAGCGAAAAGUCGAUGUCGAAUGGGAGGAUCAUGUACUUCGAUUGUUAGAAUCCCGUGUACCGAAAAAAUUCUACGAUGAAUUCAUACAAUGCCUCCGACAGGAACAAGCAUUUCCGAGACUCAUCGAUCCUCCAUUCAAAGUUAAAGUUGAAAAUGUCCAAAUUUCACUUCUUUGUCCACCUCGUUUGCCCAUAUCGUAUUCGUUUGCUGAUUCCAACGCAGCGAAAGAUCUACAACUAUCGACGGCACCACAAAAUUUGCUACUUUCACUCUGGCGUGUAUUUGCAGCUGCCGAUCAACAUGAACCAGUUUUAUUACUCGGUCCGACUUGUUUCAAAUCAUAUUUGAUCAAGAUAUGGGCCAAAGUGAUGGCGAAAGAAUCUGAUCUUUGUACGAUUACAUGUUCAACAUCAACAGAAACAAAUGAUCUCAUUGGAUCGAUCAGACCAUACACACAUGCUGAUGCAUUGAAUCUUUUAUUGAGUUGUUUGAAUCAGCUCUGUGAACGAGUGAAAAAGAAUUUCUCCAAAACUGUCAAACCGAGUGAUUACAAUAAUUUUGAUGAGUUUUGUCAAAAUAUCAAUACGUUCGGUGAAGAUAUCGACACGUUUGUUCGUAAAAUAAAAGAGCAACAACAGAAGAAGACGAGAAAACAUCGAACAAAACAAGUUGAUCAAUCCGAUUCAGCCAAGUUAAGCGAAAGUUUUCCUCUCAGCACCCAAUUGAGUCACAAUAAAGAAGAUGAAACAGAACGAUCUACACCUCUCCCAUCGGUAGAUUCAUUUCCUACAACAACAUCUUCGUCCUACGUCAUGACAAAAAGUACGAGCGACGACGACGAAUUUGAAAAUAUUUGCAACGCCGAACAGAUCAUGGAUAUGAUGAUGAGUGAUUCUAAUGAAGCAGAAGUUGACCCGUUUACAAUUGUAGACGAUCCACAAGAGGAAAUAGAUCCGUUUAGUGUAACAGAUGAGAAUAAUAUCUCAACAAGCUACGACACUACUGCAAUCGUAUCAACGAAAAACGAAGAACAAGACGAUGUUGAUCCGUUUGCGAUUGAGCAGCCACAAGAACUUUCCGAAGAAGAAAAACUUUUGGCAUUUUAUGAUGCUACACAAUCGGAUUUUCAUCAAACGACAUCGUCAUUGACUUCGCCAUCUUCUAACAUGACCAAUACGCAUCUCUUACUUCAAGCAUUCCAGUCAGUCAACAGCACACUCAAGACUAUUUCCGAGAGUCUUAAUUAUGUAUGUGGCCUCGCAUCGAAUGAAAAUGGUGUUCUACUAAUCAAAAUUCGUUGCGAAAGUAUAAUCGCAGAAAUUCGACGAGCGAUCGAACAAGGAAAAUCAAGUAUUUUCCUCUUUCAAGAUGGUCCUGUCACUACUGCUGUUAAAGAAGGUAAAAUUUUGAUCUUAGAAGAUAUCAAUGAACCAUCUCAGGCCGUGAUUGAACGUCUCAAUAGUUUAUUUGAAACUGAACCAACAUUUAUUCUCUAUGAAGAUUUUACUGCACAAGAAUCAACAACAACGGCGGACAUCAAUCCGCAGCGUGCAAAAAUUCCUAUACUACCAACGUUUCAAGUUUUUGCUACUGUACAUACAGAUGAGACAACUGAAAAUCGUUUACAAUUGAGUGCGGCAACUCGAUCCAGAAUGACAGAAGUACGCGUUCAACCUUAUGAUAAUAAUGAACUUAAACAAUUAGCAAUAAAAUCAAGAUCGAAUUCGAUCAAAGAUAAAAAUAUCGAAUCGAAAAUUGAACAAACGAUUGGCAUUCUAGCUACCGAACUUGCUCCGACAUUAGCUCAAGCAAUGAAGAUCGACUCGUUAGAUUCACGUCAUUUUGUUCGUUUUGGGGAAUGUCUACAUUUACAUCUUCAACAUAUGCCGAUCGAGCAAGCAGCUGCCCUUUGCGUCAAAUUUUUAUUUCUCGACGGCAUUAGUGAACCGAAAAAAUCGCCGAUUUCAAAUUUACAAACAACCAAUAAGGUAUGGCAAACAGUACUACAAGCAUUCAAAUGUACCAACGAAUGUAUCACGGUCGAUGAAAAACUCGAAAAAUCGGGUGUCUACACACGAAUUGACGAAUGGUGUGCAGUAGAAGAAAUGAUGGUAACAGAUAAGGAAACAAGUCAGCAACGAAAACAUUGGGGAUUACGUCUUCGAUCAAAUGGUUUGAUAGCUCCAUUUGCACCACAAAUGCAAUCGUUGCCCGAUCAAAUCACGUUUCCACUCGCUUUAACAAAAUCGGUUUUGAACAAUAUAUCACGAAUCAUAUUCUCCUUACAUUCAUCCAAUCGACAACUACUCGCCGGCCCACCAGGUGUUGGCAAAACAAAAAUUAUUGAAGUCCUAGCAAAAAUGUUAGGAUAUGACGUUGUUCGAAUCAAUUUCAGUAGUAAUACAACAUUCGAAGAUCUAAUUGGCUCGUUCGUACCGCGUGUUGUUAAUGGACAACGAUCGUUCGAAUUUCAAGAAGGACCGUUGUACCUUUCGUUGAAAGACAACCGUCGAAAUACAGUCAUUCUAUUCGAUGAAUUGAAUUUGGCACGUAAAGAAUUAUUGAAUCAACUGACACCAUUGUUCGCCAACGAAAAUCAAUUAUUCAUACCUGCACUAGCAAAAUCGAUUCGAAUCGAUGGUUCAAUUAUUGUCGCGGCCAUGAAUCCGGCUUCGAUCGGCGGUGGCCGUGAAAAAUUACCUCGAUCAACUCAAACCCAUUUCAUUCAAGUUCAACUAGCAGCAUUCGAAGUGCAUGAAUUAAUGCACAUCACUGUAUCAUUACUGCGUCCUCACUUGGAUACAGGCUAUUUAACUCCGAAGUUAGUGGAACAAAUCAAUGAAUUUCAUUAUGAAAUAAGUGAAAAAGCACGACUAAGACAAAUCGGUCGUCUUGGUGGACCGUACGAUUUCAAUCUGCGAGACAUUGAAAAAUUGUCAAAUUUAGUUGCAGCACACUCGGUUACACAUCGAGCUCAUAUCAAUCUUUCAGAAACAACAAUACCAUCAACAACAACCAUGAACACGAAUGAAGGCGAUAGUAUAAGUAAAAUCGAAGAGCAAAACAUCAUUCGUAGUCUACAUGUCUAUCUCGAUAUUGUGUACGCUUCUCGAUUCGAAUAUGUGCACGAUCAAAAUUUAGUUCGUGAAAUGAUACGAAAACAUUUUGCUUUGGACACUGCUACGACGGCGAAUAAUCGACAAGAACUCAUUGAUAGUGACUUACAAUUACAGGGCUACGCACGUCUCGGAUUUGUCUAUAUUGAGAAGAAAGAAUAUCAAUCAACUUAUCGACCAUGUGUUCACAGUCAACGAACUCUGGAAAAAUUACAAUUACUAGCAGCAGCCACAGUUAGUAAAGCAACUGUUUUGAUUGAAGGAGGCGAUUGUUCAGGUAAAACAGCAAUUGUAUGUGAAUUAGCCAGAAUAUGUGGAAGACGAUUGCUGGUUCUAAAUUUGAAUCAUGAAACAACAACAUCGGAUCUACUCGGUUCAUGGACUGUUAUCAAUAAAAAUUCGUAUGAAAAACGUCGGAAACAGAACAGUAAACACUUACUCAAUGAUAUCGUUCGUUUUACACUAGCAGUUCUCGUACCACUAUCACAACAAUUUCACGAUGCAGAACAACUGAUUCGAACAAUUACACUGUUACUUUAUCAGUGGGAACACGAAAAGAGCGAUCUAGCUCAAGAUGCUUAUCAACAAUGUCGACAACUAUUGGAAAAAGAAUUGGAACGCUCGAAUCAAGUCUACGGAGAAACGAUCUCAGAAGAAAUUGAAAAGUAUUUGGAUAUACUCGAACAAAUCGAAGACGAUUAUAAACUAGUGCAAAAUCUUGGUGAAGGACUCACAUUCACGUUCAACAAAGGACCAUUGAUACAAGCGAUGGAACGUGGCGAUUGGAUUCUGUUGGAUAAUAUCAAUUGUGCACGUGGAGAUGUCAUUGAGCGUCUCAAUUCUUUGGCCGAAGCCGAACCAACGUUAACAUUGUACGAAUCAGCUACUGCUCAUCAAUAUCGACGUGGCAAUGGUAUACACAAAGACUUUCGAUUGUUUGUCAUCGCAAAUAAUAAUCGAAAAAUGGCCAAUAAAUUAUCGAGCGCUUGGAGAAAUCGAUGUUUGAUUAUUCGAAUGCAAGCGUUAGAUAAUGAAUUGAUCGUCGACAAUGUUGAACAACAUGAUCUAGCUGAGAUUAUCAAAGGUGAACUUCAAGGUAUCAACGGCGGCCAAGAAUUGACUCAUACUUUAUUACGCGUACAUGCAUCAGCGAAACAAUUGUCGAACGAGAAAGAAUUACAAUUUAUCACAUCGUAUCAAUUGUCCUAUCAAAAUCUGAAACGUUCGGCACGUAUAUUACGAACAUACAUUACGAACAGUUAUGAUCCUGUAUUUGCCUUAAAGCCAGCCAUAUUUCGAAGUUAUCUCGAUCCUAUAUUGAACAACAGUGGAAAAAUGUCAUUAAUCGUACAUUUACUCAACAUCUAUUGCAUUCUGAACUGA